AUGCGGGUGUUCCGUGCGUACAAGGAGAGCGACAAGUUGAUCGACGCGGACAAACGCCAGUACUACGCCAUCAAGGACAACUGGUUGGAGCGGGGCCGGCGCACGGAAUACGAUAUCUACGAGGACAUCAUGCAGCGCAUCGAGGCGCACAACUGGCAGGGGCGCGGAUCCUUGUACGGGCUCGGCGCAGACGAGCGCAAGAAGUUCUUUGUCAAAGUCGUCACGAGCGAGGAGGUGAAAGUUAAUGGUGUUCCUGAUGAUACGCAUGAGGUGAUUGGCAGGGGCGUCAGUUUUCCCAAGGAAGGUCGUAAAUACCUCGUUGUGAGCGACCCAGCGAAGCUGCAUAUCAACCAGAAAUCGGUGUUGUCCGGUGUCUCCGGAAACAUGCACAAGACUGGGCACGGAGUCGAAGAGGAAGGGCGCUUUGAUGGAGUCAUCCCCGCUAGACGCCAUCACAGAACCGUCAUGGAGGAGGCCACGAACCUGCUCGAUCUCCCCGAUAUAUCGACGAUAUUCGCAACACUCAAGGAUGCCUCCUAUGCGCUCUUCAUCUUGCACUCCAUCGGAAUGCUGUAUAGGGAUUUUAGCCCCGGCAAUGUCCUGCACCGGCAAACCGACUCGGAGGCAGGCGUUAGAGGUGUCCUUGCCGAUCUGGAGUACAUUAGGUGUGUCACUGAAACACAGGUGCAUGCCAUGCGAACAGGUACUGCCGACUUCUGUGCGCUUGAGGUCGUCUCAGGCGAUUUUCUCUCCUUGGAAAGUUCCGAUUUGUUGGCUAUUAUUCCGGACCCCGCCCCCGACGAGCCCCCUCCUUCUUACCUUCAGCCCGUCGUUCCCAGUGCCGCCCAUUCUGCCUGGAGGUUCCGUGACGUGCACGACCUCGAGUCGGUUUAUUGGGUGAUUCUCUGGUUGCUUCUUCGGUAUAGCACCAGUCGCCAUGUCCCUCCUUCCUAUGACCCCAUGGCGCAGUGGAAGAAGUACAAUUCAUCACCAAAAGUACCCCCGCGGCCAAGCCACUUGAGAGCACUUGAGAUUUCGGCAGAUCCCGAAGGCGCUUGA